GCUGCUGGCGAGCGCGCGGUUAAUGUAUAAUCUCAAACUCAGAAAUCAGAUUUUGCCGAUUUUGCUAUUUUCCUGAGCUUUUGUUGUGAACAAACGACAACGAUGAUCUUCUACUGCUAGCCGAAAUAUUUUUUUGUUUGUUUUUACACGUUUCUGACCAAUUAAAGCGGUUAUGUCUCUCACAGAUGAAGAAUACAAGGAAAAGUUCAAGGGUUAUGCUGUAUCUAAUCAUGAAGGUGAAAUAAAAGAUAUCAUGUCUUCUGAAGAUGAUUUACAACAUUAUUCGGUCACUGUGAACUUUGUGUCUCUCUUUGAGACAAGUACAGAGUUAGGUGAUGGUAUCCUAUCUCACCCCUCUCAUCUCUUGCCUAUAUUUGAUUCUGCUCUCCAUGAGGCUCAGAAAUCCAUUUUAGCCUCGGAGCCUGAGGAAUUGAAAGAUAGCUAUAUUUUAAAGCCUCGCAUUCAUGCUCGACUUACAGCUCUGCCAGUCUGCCCUGAGCUUCACCGAACAAUUUUUCCUAGAAAUGAUGAUGUAGGAAAUUUUCUUAGGGUUUCAGGUACAGUUGUACGUAUAACAUCUGCCAAAAUGCUGGAAUAUAAACGAGAUUAUAUAUGUGCCAAGUGCAAGUAUUCUUUUACCAUAAAGGCUGAAUAUGAGCUGUAUUAUGGGUUCUCUCCAAUUUCACGGUGCCCCAAUCCAGAACAUUGUAAGGGCAUUAAUUUUAGUGCUGUGGAUAAAGUAGAUCAUAAGAAUUACAAGGACUACCAGGAGUUAAAAAUUCAGGAACAAGUCAGCAAAUUGCAUGUUGGUAGUAUGCCUCGUUCCAUGUGGGUUACACUGGAGGAUGAUCUUGUUGAUACCUGCAAACCAGGUGACGAUGUUGUUGUCUGUGGCACUGUUCUUCGACGUUGGCGCCCUUUAACAGCUGGCUCACGGUGUGACAUAGAUCUUGUUGUUCAAGCAAAUCAUCUUCAGGUUUGCAAUGACCAACGAUCUUCUGUUCUCGUCACUCAAGAAAUGAAAGAUGAAUUUGAGAAUUACUGGAAGGCUCAAGCUCAUGAUCCUCUUACUGCAAGAAAUCGCAUCCUUGCUUCUUUCUGCCCCCAGGUUUAUGGGUUGUAUUUAGUGAAGCUGGCUGUUUGUUUGGUUUUGACUGGAGGUGUCCAACACAGUGAAGCUUCAGGAAGUAGAAUUCGUGGAGAGUCCCAUCUACUAUUAGUGGGGGAUCCUGGCACUGGAAAGUCUCAUCUUCUAAGAUUUGCUGCGAAGGUUUGCCCACGCUCUGUUUUUACAACUGGUGUUGGAUCAACAUCUGCAGGGUUAACUGUCACUGCUGUUCGUGAAGGUGGUGAAUGGCAAUUAGAAGCUGGAGCUCUUGUUUUAUCAGAUGGCGGAGUGUGCUGUAUUGAUGAGUUCAAUUCAAUUCGUGAAAGAGAUAGGACUAGUAUCCAUGAAGCAAUGGAACAGCAAACCAUCAGUGUUGCCAAGGCAGGCAUAGUUUGCAAGCUAAAUACUCGUUGCACAAUUCUGGCAGCCACCAAUCCUAAAGGACAGUAUGAUUCAAAUCAACCUAUGACAGUGAAUGUUGCCAUAGCCAGUCCACUUUUAAGUCGGUUUGAUUUAGUUUUAGUGCUUUUGGAUUCCUGUAAUCAAGAUUGGGACAAUAUGGUUUCAAAAUUUAUUCUGGAAGGGAGAGACCCUUUGUCACAAUCAAGUAGUCAGAAGUCAAAAUCUCAAUCAAACUGUGGAGGAAGUUUGUUGUCAGGUCUUUGGAAUAUGGAACAAUUACAAGCCUAUUUUUGCACAAUUAAAACUUUACGCCCUGCAUUAAGCCGUAAUGCAAAUAGAAUUCUUGGUUCCUAUUAUCAAGCUUUGAGAAGAGCUGAUGCCCGGAAUGCUGCUCGCACAACUGUCCGAAUGCUGGAGAGUCUUGUACGCCUCUCUCAAGCUCAUGCUCGGCUAAUGUUUCAUCAGGAAGUAACUGUCCAGGAUGCUGUCAUUGCUGUUUCUUUAGUUGAAACAUCCAUGAAUAAUGAAGGAAUAAUAUCAAGUGUAAGUACACUUCACACUGCAUUUCCAAGGAACCCAAUGGAAGAUUAUCUGAAGCAAUUGAAUGAAGUGUUGAGUAAACUUGGCCUGUUGGAUAUUCUGGAAGAAGAGUCGAAUAAUCUUGCAACAUUUUCUGAGCAUGAUGAACAUCAGAAUAUUGAUUUAGAGAUUCAGGAGGUUUCAUCAAAUAUUGGUAAUAAUGAGGAUGAAUUAAAUUAUCUGAUUGAGGAAGAGACCACAACAGAAAGUGUUUUACAAAGACAACCAUCAAAUGAGGGGGACGGAUCUAGUGCAAGUGCACCAAAUGUUAUGACAGGCAAACUAAAUUCUGUUCUUAGCAACAUUCGACGCAAUAAGGACCACAAUUUAUUCCUAACUGUGGAACAGCAAAGAUCAACUUCAAGCAAAAGGAAGCGAACUGCUAAGGAGAACCAAGGGAAGGGUAAGGAAGGGUCUAAAGAGGGGUCUGUGAGCAGUCCUUCUGGAAUGCAGUCACCCCCAUGUAAUACCAAAAAAUCAAAAAAGGCAGAUCAACAACAUAUUGAUAAAGUUGAUGAAAUGGUAUCCCCAAAGUCAUCUUCACCCAAGAAAAAUAAUUCUGGUAAAAAGGACUCCAAUAUUAGAAGAGUAAAUAAAGCUCAAGAAAAACCGGGGACUUCUACUUCUAUCAACUCUACAUCAGUCGAAGAAACAGAAGAGCCUUCAAUUUUAAAAUCGAAAGUGGAAUCUCUUCGUAACUUGUUUAGCUUUACAAAAGAAAAUCAGGCCAAAAUGAAAAAGAGAAAUCUGACCCAAUCUGAAGGGAUAAGCAAUGAUACAAAAGAUCCAACUUGUAAAACUAGGAAGACUCCUGUUAAACCAUCUGCACAAAACGUAUCUCCUGCUAAGUCUCCUAUUGCCACAUCAACUCAAAAUAGUGUGACAGAAACCAGUUCUACAAAUAUGCCAUCAUUGUCACCCUCUCUCAAAAAUCAAAGUAUUGUAACCAAUCCAAAAGCCCUAAAAGUUGCAGAAGAAGCCAUCUCUACCAAUAUGUCACCUGUUUCACCCUCAUCGAAAAAAAAUACCUCUACCAGUCCUAAAAUUCCGAAAGUUGCAAUUUCUACCCUGGCAUUUCUCAAAUUGCAGCAGUUCAAAUCUAAAUCAGCAGUGGAAGGCAGUAGUACAGAAAAGAAGCCAGACAACCCUAAUAUUUUAGGAAAUGGAGAAACUACAGUACUUAAAGAACAACCUGGAGAUAAAAUUCUAACUGAUUGGAAAACUAUUCAUAACAGCAGAGAUUUAUUGCAAAGUUCACAAAGCACUGUCAGCAACAACCAAUGUAAUCAAGUACCUUCAACAAAAAGUAGAACGUAUGCAUUCAAAAAUUUACAAAGUUUGGGGAAAAAGUUGCAUAGUUCACAACAAAGUAAUGCUAAUAAAGUCAAAAGUAUAACCAUUGAUUCUGAGAGCAGUUCAAUUGGCGGGCAGAGUCAACGCGAUCGUGGCUUUGGAGAAUGUUCUCAAGUUUUCAGUGUUACUGGAGAUGAUGAUGACGCUGACAUUGAUCUUGAAUUGUAAAUUUUUCAUUGAAAACUGUGAUAUUAGUUCUAGUGCAUCCCAAUGUAACAUUCCAAAUUAAUUCCCCCUUUUCCCCUUUUCAAGUAAUAAAUUAAUCAUAUCAAUUUCAAA